AACGGCACCUCCUCCCUAACCAGCGCAGGCAGCUCCACAAGCAGGUUGACGGAGCUCAUGUCUGUGGGCCUAAGCGGAGGCAUGUCGUCAUCGUCUCGCGGAGGCAGCAGUGGCGGUAGCGUAACAACAGGUGGCAGCAGCAGCAUAGGGGCAAGCAGUUCUACCUUGGGUACCGGAAGCAAGGCGUGCAGAUACACGCUGGAGCAGGUGGCCUGCCUGUGCGAGGCUUUGCAGCAGGCACGUAACCUGGACCGCCUGGCCAGGUUCCUCUGGUCCCUACCACCAGGCGACCUGCUCCGCACGGACGAAACGGUGCUCAGGGCGCAGGCGGCCGUGGCAUUCCAUCGUGAAAACUACAAGGAGUUGUACGGAAUCCUGGAGAGCCACAACUUCGACUCGAAGUACCACAAUGAGCUGCAGCAGAUGUGGUACAAGGCGCACUACAGGGAGGCCGAGAAGAUACGAGGUCGCCCGCUGGGAGCCGUCGACAAGUAUAGGCUCAGGCGCAAGUACCCUCUUCCCAAGACCAUCUGGGACGGCGAGGACACGGUGUACUGCUUCAAGGAGAAGUCUCGCAUCGCCCUCAAGGAGUGCUACAAGGUGAACCGCUACCCGACGCCCGACGAGAAGCGCACCCUGGCGCACAAGACGGGCCUGACGCUGACGCAGGUCAGCAACUGGUUCAAGAACCGCCGCCAGAGGGACCACGCGCCGCACCGCAGAGC